UUACCUUGCUGGAUUCCAGAUCAGUUCAGGGAGAACUGGGGUGGAUAGCAAGUCCUCUGGAAGGAGGGUGGGAGGAAGUGAGCAUUAUGGAUGAGAAGAACACUCCGAUCCGCACCUACCAAGUCUGCAAUGUGAUGGAGCCCAGUCAGAAUAAUUGGUUAAGAACUGAUUGGAUUCCCCGUGAGGGGGCUCAAAGGGUGUAUAUUGAGAUCAAGUUCACGCUGAGGGACUGCAACAGCCUGCCAGGUGUCAUGGGAACUUGCAAAGAGACCUUCAACCUCUAUUACUACGAAUCAAACAAUGAUAAGGAGCGUUUUAUUCGAGAGAGCCAGUUUGCCAAGAUUGACACCAUUGCUGCUGAUGAGAGCUUCACCCAGGUGGACAUUGGUGACAGGAUCAUGAAGCUGAAUACGGAGAUACGGGAUGUGGGACCGCUCAGCAAGAAGGGGUUUUACUUGGCUUUUCAGGACGUCGGUGCCUGCAUUGCUUUGGUGUCUGUUCGUGUCUUCUACAAGAAGUGCCCGCUGACCGUUCGAAACCUGGCACAGUUUCCAGACACCAUUACUGGGGCUGAUACAUCCUCUCUGGUGGAGGUUCGCGGCUCCUGCGUCAACAACUCGGAAGAAAAGGAUGUGCCAAAAAUGUACUGCGGGGCAGAUGGCGAGUGGCUGGUGCCCAUUGGCAACUGUCUGUGCAAUGCUGGCUACGAGGAACGCAAUGGUGAAUGCCAAGCUUGCAAAAUCGGAUACUACAAGGCUCUCUCGACAGAUGUUGCUUGUGCCAAAUGUCCGCCUCACAGCUACUCCAUCUGGGAAGGCUCUACCUCCUGCACCUGCGAUCGGGGCUUUUUCCGAGCUGAAAAUGAUGCUGCCUCCAUGCCCUGCACUC